AUGAAUCGUUUAAAAUUAGAACAUAAUAAACGUUCCAAAUCCUUGGAUUUCCUGAACACCCUCCAUAAUUGCAGUAAUGAAAGUGUUAAAACUUUUCACAAAGAAAUUCCACGUAAGGAAUAUAAAAGAAUAGAUAGUCCUGAUAUAAAUGCGGAGGAAGAUGAUCUUUUAGUGCUGACAGACUCAUCAAUCGAAGGUUCCUCGCGUAGUAACGAAUAUCUGCACACUUUGGAACAGAAAAUUGAAAAACUAAGCGAUUAUUUGGUCGAUCAGGAGAAAAUCUUGACAGAUAUAAAAACGGAAUUGAAAUUAAACAAUUCGUUUUAUAAUCUUUCUUUAGCUGGAAUAAGUACUGAAUUGGCCGAGAAAGGUGCAACUGAAGAUUUUAAUACGCCAGAUGACAGCGAUGAUCGUGCGAAGAAUUUGUUGUGCGCACUCAAACCUAAAGACAUGCAACGCCUGGAGCGUGAAAUAAAAGAAGUUCUAUCGAAGUUUCUUCAAAGCGAUGAUUUGAAAGAACAGCUAGUGUUGGCAACGCAGCAGUGCGUGCAAGAUGCGAUACGCAGCAGCUUAUCCGACAGCUUGUCCGCACACUACCUGCCCACACUGGAGCGAUCGCAGCGACAUCUGCUCAACCACGUCACUAACGUCAUCCGGGAAUCGUUUAGAGAGUUGGAAGAUAACACGAAACUCCUGUCGAUAUCGGUGCACAGAAGAACAAAGACGCUGCGCAGGACGCUACAGGAGCAUCAGAGUCUUCUGGAUAAGGCGGAUUCGAAUCUGCUAAGAGAUUUGAAGAGAGGACUGCAAGAAAUUCUUCACGAGGAAUUAAGAUUAUGGCGGGAGAAUUUGUUCGACGUGUUAUUUACACAGAGCCGCGUGCAACACGUGAGCAACGAAGACGAUGUGUCGAGUACCACAUCAUCUUUCGUUCCAAGUAGCCCGCCGCAGCCCGCCGACCCCAAGAAGUCUAUUAUAGAUCAACUGUUAAAAUCAGCUGAGAUCCACAAUCUGAUGCGUGCGGGCGAGGAGAACAGUUCGUUCGAGCGCGCUCUGUCGGCGGCCGACCUGACGCUGGUGGUGGCGGCGUGUCGCGCGGCCGAGCCCGCCCGUCUGUUCGCGCCGCCCUGCAGACUGCGUCAGCCCGUGCUGCUCUCCCUCGUGCAGCAGCUUGCCACCGACAUGGUGCAUGACACACAGCUUAAAUGCAGAUACCUCGAAGAUGCUUUAAUUAAUCUGAACCCGUGUGACGCGGUAACGCGCAGCCAUCUGCCCAUUGUCGUGAAAGAAGUCCGCGAACAUCUCACCAAGUUCCUAACCGACUACCCGAAUCACGUGGCCAGUCGCAGAGUGGCUCUCAUUAUAAUGGCCGCUAAUAAUUUAUUAAGUUAAAAAAUGUAAUGUCAUCG